CACACAAACACGAGCCGGUCGCCAAGAUCGGUGCAACCGGCCCAGCCGGUCGUUCCCUCCCUUAAAUAACUUCCUCGUUUCCAAUUUCCCGCACACUACUCAGUUCACCGUGUAAAUUUUCCCAGAAAGAUAAAGAGACCGAGAAAACUCAAACCAACCCAUACACAUAUAUUAAAAAAAAAAAAAAGGAAAGAAAAAAAAAGAACCCUAAUCCCUAAAAUUUUCCCCUACUCGUUGCGUGUUGAAAACAGCGAAAGAAAGCCUUGAAAUUUCUGUGUGAUCUUUGGGGGUUUUGUAUUCGGAGAUGAUCGUGAGCCAGAACAUGGUAGCGGAGGCGGAGAUCAUAUGCCAGCAGAGCGUACCUGUGAUAGACAUGAAGUACGAUCUCUGCGUAGCUGCGCAGGAACGCAACCUUCAGAUCGACGUCCCCUCCUCGCCUUCCUCCUCUCCAAGCAUUCGCGAGGUUCGGAUUUCCGAUUCGGUAUCCGCCGAAAUCUCGCCAUUCGAGUCGGUGGUUAGUUGCUCAGAUGCAGAUAACAUUAUGGAAUCUUCUUCUGUAAAGUUUGUUCCUAAAGUUCGAUCAGGCAGCUAUACUGAUAUUGGACCAAGAGAUUCUAUGGAUGAUGAACACAUAAUGAUUGAUGAUCUAUCAGCUCACUUGGGGUCUCUCUUCAAGUUUUCAAUGCCAGGUGCUUUCUAUGCAGUAUUUGAUGGUCAUGGAGGUCCUGACGCAGCUGCUUAUAUCAAGAGGAAUGCAAUGAGAUUAUUUUUUGAAGAUGCUGAUUUGCCGCAAACUACAGAUAUUGAUUCUGUUUUCUUAAAAGAGUUAGAGCGUUCUCAUCGCAAAGCAUUUUUACUGGCUGACCUUGCCUUGGCUGAUGAACAUAGUGUUAGCAGUUUGUGUGGAACAACAGCACUUACUGCCCUAUUACUUGGAAGGCACUUAAUGGUUGCAAAUGCUGGUGACUGUCGAGCUGUUCUCUGUCGGAAAGGAGUAGCAGUAGAGUUGUCUCAAGAUCAUACACCUGCUUACUUUCCAGAACGCAAGCGAGUGGAGGAGUUGGGUGGUUGCAUUGUUGGUGGGUAUCUUAAAGGGUAUCGUAAUAAUGAUCUUUCAGUCACUCGAGCUCUUGGUGAUUGGGACUUGAAACUACCACUUGGUUCCUCUUCACCGUUAAUUUCGGAGCCAGAUGUUCAACAAGUUAUGUUAACAGAAGAUGAUGAAUUCUUGAUAAUUGGUUGUGAUGGGAUCUGGGACGUUAUGGAAAGCCAAUAUGCAGUAAGUCUCGUCCGUCGUGGUUUAAGGAGGCACGAUGACCCACAACAGUGUGCUAGGGAACUUGUCAUGGAAGCAUUACGUCUAAAUACGUCCGACAACCUCACUGCAAUUGUUAUCUGCUUCUCCUCCCCAUCUCGAGUUUUUGAAUCACGGUCUCGGUUGCCAAGGUGGAGGCCGUGCAGUCUUUCUGAGGAGGCCAGAAGUAGGUUGAAAAGCUUGCUAGAAGGCAAUUGAAUUGUAAAAUACGAAUUAUUGUUAUUUUAGUGAUAUAUUCUUGUGGGAAAACCAUUUCCAUCUGUUUUGUGGCUGUUUCAGAUAGAUAUAGAAAAAUGGGAUAGAUUUAGAAAAAUGCAGCCAGCAGUUUUGUAAGUUAGGAUUCGAGGAAUGUGUCCUUAGGGAUGAUGUCUGUAAUUUUGGGUUAGGUUGAGGUAUUUUGACUCUGUUACGAGCAAAUUCUGUGUUCAGUGGCAGUGGCAUUUUUCAUUCAUUUUACGUCCAUUGAUUGGUCUCGUCAUCGAGGCAAUAUCUGUUUCACGUUAGUAUUUCUCUCUAUGUUUUAAUGGGCAGUAAAUUUUAUGUGGAGGACAAAAUAGAUAUUUUGAAAACAA